UCAGUGGGUGCAGCAAAGGCUGGAUCCGCCAACUGGACUCGGUGAAUUGUUAUUUACAGUUUCUGAACCUUUAAAAGAAGAGCUUCCCUGGGCUCCAUCCUGAUUCCUGACCUGGAUGCCAUGAGGGUGCUGGCAAUUCUGCUGUCCCUGUUCCUCGGUGCCCUGGCCCAGCAUGGGUCUGAGUGGACCUACUCAGAGGGGGCACUGGACCAGGAACACUGGCCAAGCUACUACCCCGCCUGCGGCGGGAAGAGGCAGUCACCCAUCAACCUGCAGAAGAAGAGGGUGCGGUACAACCCCACCUUGAAGGGACUGAAACUGAAGGGGUACGAGGCCCAGCAGGGCAAGUUCUCCAUAACCAACAACGGCCACACAGUGCAGAUUAAGCUGCCUUCCACCAUGCGCUUGGCAGCCUCUGAUGACACCGAGUACAUCGCUGAGCAGAUGCACUUCCACUGGGGUGGCGGGUCCUUGGAGAUGAGCGGCUCCGAGCACACCAUUGACGGGAGGAGGUUUCUGAUCGAGAUUCACGUUGUUCACUACAACUCUAAAUACAAGAGCUACAAUAUAGCCAAAGAUGCCCCUGAUGGUUUGGCUGUAAUAGCAGCCUUCUGUGAGGUCCAGGACAAUACUGAAAACACAUAUUACAGUGAGCUCAUUUCCCAGUUGCAGAACAUCAGGCAUCCAGGACAAAGCACAACCCUGGCUGGCCUUGACAUUAAGGACAUGCUGCCCGAGAACCUCCAUGACUACUAUACUUACUUGGGCUCACUCACCACUCCUCCCUGUACUGAGAACGUCCUCUGGUUUGUGCUGGCAGAGCCCGUCAGGCUCUCCAGUGCACAGGUUUGGAAGCUAGAAAACUCCCUGUUCGAUCACCAGAAUGAGAUGCUCCAUAAUGACUACCGUAGGACCCAGCCACUGAACAACAGGGUGGUGGAAGCUAACUUCAAGUAUUUUCCUAAUCAUUGUGAGUAAGAUCAAGUAUUAUUUAUUUUUUGCAAUUUGUUGGUUCCUUGCUUUCCUUCCUUCUCUGGGUAAACCCAUUUCUUCUACUAGCAAUAGUAAGGAAAGUAGCACCAUUUGAGCAGCAGGAGGCUUAGACAGGCCAGCUUGCACAGGGAUUGGGGCCAAGGGGGCUGACUCAUUUUCCCAGUUCACGCAGUGAGUGAGGCCAGUGAAUAGACAAGAGAAGAGUGUGGGAAUAGGCAACUUUAUGAUUUAUUAUCUACUGGUCUUGGCCAGAGACAGUUGGAGAAGUAAGAUGUCAGCAGCACCCAGAAGUUGUCAUAAGAGUGCCAAUUUGUUUCCUCACAUCUUUACCUUGGUCUGUAUUACAAAUGGAUACCCAACUCCUAGACAUUCCCUCAAGGUGGGGUUAAGUAGACCACAUAUUGUUUACUACCUUUGCUUCGGUAUCAAGCCUCAGAUACCAGGCUACCAGAAGUAGGCAAGAGAAGUUCAGCCUCUA